GCGCUGACUUGCUCCCAGUUGUGGCUGGAGGUUGCGGACCUGAGGCACUCAGCAGGACGACGGGCUCGCCUCUUAUCGAUAUCACUUCACACAAUGUCUCCAUCCUCUCUUCCCCUGCUCUUCUAAAUGCAUCCGCCACCAUCCGUCUCCACGCUCUCCCAACAUGGAUCCGCUUAGUCUUACAGCCAGCAUCAUCGCUGUUCUCCAGCUCUCGACCAAGGUCCUUGAGUAUUUGAACGACGUCAAAGACGCCUCGAAAGAUCGAACACAGUGCGCUCUCGAAACCUCGAAUCUUUACAAUCUACUUUUUAACCUAAGGGCUCAAGUGGAAGAGGGAGAUGCAACAAAGGAAUGGUAUACCGCUCUUCGAGCACUUGCAGUCGAGAAUGGGCCGCUUGACCAGUUCAAGGAAGCGCUAGAGACGCUGCAGGCUAGGAUGACAGAUGGAGGUCGACUAAAGAAGGCUGGAGAUAUUCUCAUGUGGAAGUUCAAGAAAGAGGAGAUGGUUAGCAUAUUAGGUCGAAUCGAGCGUUUGAAGACGCUGGUUGAGAUAGCGUUACAGAGGGACCACUUUAAACUCUCCCGAGCGAUAAAGACCGACACUGAAGCCAUCAAAUCCGACCUCGACUCCGUUCGGACACGCGGAGACAACGCGGAGCACCGCAGGCUUCUACAAUGGAUAUCAUCUACAGACUACCCCGCCCAACAAUCCGACAUUAUAAAGCGCAGACAGGAGGGAACAGGCCAGUGGUUUCUAGCCGCGCCUCAAGUGGCCAGGUGGCUCAGCGAACCCCAGGCAACACUCUUUUGCUCGGGGAUCCCGGGAGCUGGAAAAACUAUAUUAGCAGCCAUCGCGAUUGACCAUCUGUUCGACCAUCUGUUGAAAUCAAUGCAGAGCAGCUCACAUGGAGUUGCUUAUGUGUACUGCAACUACAAGGCUCGGGAGGAGCAGGAUACUUCUCAGAUGCUGGCAGCUAUCCUCAAGCAGCUGGUGCAGGCCCGCCCGUCGCUAGUAGGGCCCGUGGAACUGUUGCACAAACAGCAUGCUGACAGAGGAACCAGGCCAUCGCCUGAUGAGGUCUUUAGCGCACUCCGAGAUGUGCUUGCACGUUACUCUACUGUCUAUAUUGUGAUCGAUGCUCUGGAUGAAUGUCAGGACAGCGACGGCACGCGGCGCCAGUUUCUGACCAAACUGCGUGAUCUCCAAGUGGGACGGGACGUUCGCCUAAUGGCCACCUCCCGUUUCAUCCCAGAGAUUGUGGACUGGUUUAACCAAGCGCUGAAGCUGGAGGUGCAGGCGAGCAAAGAAGAUGUGAAGCGAUUCGUGGCUGGCCAGAUAUGCCGACUCCCAAAGUGUAUUCAGCGCAACUCUGCGCUACAAGAGAUUGUCCAGGAAAAGAUCGUGGAGGCAGUAGACGGCAUGUUUCUUCUUGCUCGCCUCCACACUGAUUCCCUGCUGGAUAAGAGAACAGUGAAGGACGUAAAGUCAACGCUAGCUAAGCUCUCUAAAGGCUCAGCCGCACUCGACCAUGCAUACAAGGAAGCUAUCCAGCGCAUAGAAGGCCAGUUAAGCGGAGAUUACGAACUAGCCAAAAAAGUACUGUCGUGGAUCACGUAUGCGAAAAGACCGCUUACCACGACGGAGAUGUGCUGUGCUCUGGCAGUAGAGCCGGACGAGGCGGAUCUCGAUACCGAGAACAUACCUGAUGUUGAGGACCUAUUGUCCGUCUGUGCUGGACUGGUUGUUGUUGAUCAAGAAAGCGCUGUCAUCCGUCUUGUGCAUUACACCACCCAAGAAUACUUCGACCGUAUUCGAGAUGCAUGGGAUCCUGGCGCUCAAUUAUACAUUGCCUCCACAUGCCUCACCUACUUAUCACUUAGCAUAUUUAAAACUGGGAGCUGCUCCUCUAACCAAGAGUUUGAAGAGAGGCUUCAAGAAAGCCAGUUCUUAGACUAUGCUGCCAAGCACUGGGGAGAGCAUGCAGUAACAGUGGAAGAUCAGAUAUGUGAGCUAGCUUGCUCAUUUCUUUCCCACAAAGAAUUGGUUUCUUGCGCUGCGCAGGUACUCUCACGUCCAAAAUACACGUAUCAGGGGUAUAGCCAGGCAUACCCUAAGGACAGCACGGGAUUACAUCUUACAGCACGAUUCGGAUUACCAAUUGUAUUAGAGGCACUGCUCCUAAACCAAGUAAGGGAGACAGCACUCGUAUUGGAAAGAAGAGAUAGCUAUGGCCAGACCCUCCUAUAUCUUGCGGCAGGACAUGGACAUCAAAGAAUGGUGAAGCUGCUGCUCGACAAGGGCGCCGACGUCAACGCGCAGGGUGGAAGGUACGGCAACGCUCUCCACGCGGCUUCAGUACGAGGCCACGAGACGAUAGUGAAGCUGCUGCUCGAAGCAGGCGCUGACGUCAACGCGCAGAGUGGAAGGUACGGCAACGACAACGCACUCCAGGCGGCUUCAUACGAAGGUCACGAGACGAUAUGAAGCUGCUGCUCGAAGCAGGCGCCGACGUCAACGCGCAGAGUGGAUGGUACGGCAACGAAAACGCGCUCCAGGCAGCUUCAGAACGAGGCCACGAGAUGAUAGUGAAGCUGCUGCUCGAAUCAGGUGCCGACGUCAGGGUGCGGGCGCAUUAACAGCACAAUUUUACUAUCAUAUAUUUAUUAUUCCCUCUAUUUCAUAGAGGGUCGGGGAUCAGAAUGAUUAUAUAACUUAGCCCGUGG